CCCGUGCAAACUUUAUGGUCGUAUGUGCUACCGAGAAUUCUUUUGUGCAGAAUCAAAUGUCGACUACAAAUCAGCUAAGCAACCCAGUAAAACGUGGCUCAUAUUCAGCUUAUAGUAAAGGUCAAACACAAUCACCUGGUCAAUCACAGCAGCAACACCACCAAUCUCAACAGCAGCAGCAACAACAACAAGUAUGGCCGUCAUCAUUACCACCGGGUUGGAAGCGUGAAGAGUGUAUGCGACCAAAUGGUUUAUGCACUGGGAAAUCAUAUGUUUACUACAUUAGUCCUCAAAAUCAAAUUGUUCGUAACAAACAAGAAAUGCAAACUAUCUUAGGUGACAGUUAUGAUAUUGGUUUGUUCGAUUGGAGAUUAGGAAAAUUCACACUGAAUCGUCGAACUAAGCAAUCUGAAGAACAGGCAACAGACGCUUCCUCAGCUAAAGCCCCACGUGUAGAUAAUCAGCCUCUGCUUUCAAAGAGACGAUGUCCAUAUCCAAUACAUGAAAUCCAACCUGUUAUGGUCCGAUCUUAUCCGGAAUGUAAACGAAUAGAUGGGGAAAAUGAGAAUCUAGAAUCACCUCGUCAAUUAUUUUGGGAGAGACGGUUGGCUGGUAUUGCGGCCGUUGAUUCUGAAACCGGUGAACCGUUUAAACCAAUCUCUUUGCCUAGAGGAAUUCAGAGUGCUGGAGCACCUGGUUAUCAAUCUACUCAAUUGCUUCAAAGUUUAGUUCAUGCCUUGUCAAAUCAAAAUAAUCCAGUCAUUGGUCAGGAACAAGAUCCUUCAGAUAUUGAGAAUGAUCCAUGUGCCACGCUAAAUCACUCGCAACCAAUGAUUAAAACAUUCAUUGUAACUGAUGAUGAUAUACGCCGACAAGAAGCACGUGUAAAGGAGUUACGAAGAAGACUGGCGAUGGUCAGGCGUAAAUUUGAUCCAAGAUAUGAAGCCGAACGACAAGGUUGAUAUAAACAAAAGCGCUGCAUAAAAUGACAAUUUUAUUGUCUUUAUGUGUUCUGUUCUCUGUUAAUGCGCUUGUUGUAUUAUAUAUUGUCAUUGUUGUUGUUGUUAUAUAAUCCUGUUCUUAUGCCCA